AUGGCGCGCUCGAUGUGGCUUUGCGUCUGCCUUGCCGGUCUUCCAACCAGUGCCACUUGCAAGAAGAAGUUCACGGACACAAAGACGUGCAAGACUACCAGCAACGUAGAUUGCACACACGAACAGUUGGAGACGAAGCGGGGCAAGUGCUGGUUCUCGGAGACACACUGGCAGAAUCCAUGCAAGCCGAAACCGGUCGCGGGCACAUGGACAACAGCAAAGAUCGACUUUGCUCCAGAUGAGGCCGGCACCUGCUUCACUGUCCCAGAAGGCAUCUGCCCCCUUCAGAUCUGCGUCAAAAGCGGAAGCGCCAAUAACGGGGAAGGCGGCGGUCCAUCAGAUGGCAAAGUAGACAAGACAGUCUGCACCAAGUGGACUGCUCCAGACCAAUUCUGCGUUGUGAGCCUGAACAUCGGACUUUUGGGAAAAGAUCCAAACGAGAUUAAGGACCUGAGCAACUUUGCGGUUCAGUUCGGGUGCUGCGACGGGAGCGGAGGCGUGGUGGGAGAUCCGCACAUCCAUACCCUGGACGGGAGCGAGUUUGAUCUCUACGACAAAGGAACCUACUCGGUGUUCCACUACGGCGGCGCCAUGCAAAAGGUUGUUUGCCCUGUGUGCGCAUGUUCACCUGGAGUCCUUGGUUCGCUCGCUCUCCGUGUUUUCGAUCAAAGUAUCGAGCAAGGAUCCUACGAUCCCAUGCUCUACUGGGCUCUACUAGUCCGUCUUGAAGCAACACUGGCCGGCGAUGUCGACUGGCAGCUCUUUGCCACUUAUGGUGGCCAGCUGUGGACGGUCCAGGGUCUGCUCCUGGUAGAUCGAUCCCACGGCCAGUUCCGUCAGGCAAUGGAGCUGACAUCGGAGGACUGCCAGUGGCGGAGCAAGGCAGGCGAUGCUUCAUGGUCGGUCAUCGAACAAAACACGUCCCUGUCCCUUUUGGAAGGUGGUCAGCAAGUGACGAGCUUUGAGUACGUCAACUCAAAGCAUAUCAACCUUCGCAUGAAGACCUCCCACGGCGUGAAAGAUGUUCUUGUCCUCAACACGGUGUGCAAGAGUGGUGCCAUCAAUUUGCGGGUUUCUCCGCAGAAGGCCUUCGAGGAGCAGUUCUUGACAGGGCAAAUCCAGGCAGGCAAUUCCAAACAUCAGGAGAGGUUUCCCGUGGAGCAGAGCUGGACGUCUCUCGGCGGAAGCUUGGACGCAGCAUCUUUCUUGAAGAAGAACCAGGAGGCAAAGCACCUGCUCGUGACCUCUUGCACCGAAGAAGCAAAGACCCAAGCUGAGAAGACCUGCAUCAAACACCUUGGGGCAGAAUCGCAGGACUCUGCUCUCUUUGACGAUUGUGUCUUCGAUGUCUGCCGCGGCGGGGAGUCUUUUGCGAUUGCAGCUGCCGAGUUGGUCCGGGUUGCCGGCAUUCGACCAGAAAACGUCUCCAAGAGCCCAGCUCCGCAGCAGUUUUCCCAAGAUACCUGGAUACUGAACUUAUUCGCGACUCCGCUGACCAUGGCGCGCUCGAUGUGGCUUUGCGUCUGCCUUGCCGGUCUUCCAACCAGUGCCACUUGCAAGAAGAAGUUCACGGACACAAAGACGUGCAAGACUACCAGCAACGUAGAUUGCACACACGAACAGUUGGAGACGAAGCGGGGCAAGUGCUGGUUCUCGGAGACACACUGGCAGAAUCCAUGCAAGCCGAAACCGGUCGCGGGCACAUGGACAACAGCAAAGAUCGACUUUGCUCCAGAUGAGGCCGGCACCUGCUUCACUGUCCCAGAAGGCAUCUGCCCCCUUCAGAUCUGCGUCAAAAGCGGAAGCGCCAAUAACGGGGAAGGCGGCGGUCCAUCAGAUGGCAAAGUAGACAAGACAGUCUGCACCAAGUGGACUGCUCCAGACCAAUUCUGCGUUGUGAGCCUGAACAUCGGACUUUUGGGAAAAGAUCCAAACGAGAUUAAGGACCUGAGCAACUUUGCGGUUCAGUUCGGGUGCUGCGACGGGAGCGGAGGCGUGGUGGGAGAUCCGCACAUCCAUACCCUGGACGGGAGCGAGUUUGAUCUCUACGACAAAGGAACCUACUCGGUGUUCCACUACGGCGGCGCCAUGCAAAAGGUUGUUUGCCCUGUGUGCGCAUGUUCACCUGGAGUCCUUGGUUCGCUCGCUCUCCGUGUUUUCGAUCAAAGUAUCGAGCAAGGAUCCUACGAUCCCAUGCUCUACUGGGCUCUACUAGUCCGUCUUGAAGCAACACUGGCCGGCGAUGUCGACUGGCAGCUCUUUGCCACUUAUGGUGGCCAGCUGUGGACGGUCCAGGGUCUGCUCCUGGUAGAUCGAUCCCACGGCCAGUUCCGUCAGGCAAUGGAGCUGACAUCGGAGGACUGCCAGUGGCGGAGCAAGGCAGGCGAUGCUUCAUGGUCGGUCAUCGAACAAAACACGUCCCUGUCCCUUUUGGAAGGUGGUCAGCAAGUGACGAGCUUUGAGUACGUCAACUCAAAGCAUAUCAACCUUCGCAUGAAGACCUCCCACGGCGUGAAAGAUGUUCUUGUCCUCAACACGGUGUGCAAGAGUGGUGCCAUCAAUUUGCGGGUUUCUCCGCAGAAGGCCUUCGAGGAGCAGUUCUUGACAGGGCAAAUCCAGGCAGGCAAUUCCAAACAUCAGGAGAGGUUUCCCGUGGAGCAGAGCUGGACGUCUCUCGGCGGAAGCUUGGACGCAGCAUCUUUCUUGAAGAAGAACCAGGAGGCAAAGCACCUGCUCGUGACCUCUUGCACCGAAGAAGCAAAGACCCAAGCUGAGAAGACCUGCAUCAAACACCUUGGGGCAGAAUCGCAGGACUCUGCUCUCUUUGACGAUUGUGUCUUCGAUGUCUGCCGCGGCGGGGAGUCUUUUGCGAUUGCAGCUGCCGAGUUGGUCCGGGUUGCCGGCAUUCGACCAGAAAACGUCUCCAAGAGCCCAGCUCCGCAGCAGUUUUCCCAAGAUACCUGGAUACUGAACUUAUUCGCGACUCCGCUGACCAUGGCGCGCUCGAUGUGGCUUUGCGUCUGCCUUGCCGGUCUUCCAACCAGUGCCACUUGCAAGAAGAAGUUCACGGACACAAAGACGUGCAAGACUACCAGCAACGUAGAUUGCACACACGAACAGUUGGAGACGAAGCGGGGCAAGUGCUGGUUCUCGGAGACACACUGGCAGAAUCCAUGCAAGCCGAAACCGGUCGCGGGCACAUGGACAACAGCAAAGAUCGACUUUGCUCCAGAUGAGGCCGGCACCUGCUUCACUGUCCCAGAAGGCAUCUGCCCCCUUCAGAUCUGCGUCAAAAGCGGAAGCGCCAAUAACGGGGAAGGAAAAGAUCCAAACGAGAUUAAGGACCUGAGCAACUUUGCGGUUCAGUUCGGGUGCUGCGACGGGAGCGGAGGCGUGGUGGGAGAUCCGCACAUCCAUACCCUGGACGGGAGCGAGUUUGAUCUCUACGACAAAGGAACCUACUCGGUGUUCCACUACGGCGGCGCCGGCGAUGUCGACUGGCAGCUCUUUGCCACUUAUGGUGGCCAGCUGUGGACGGUCCAGGGUCUGCUCCUGGUAGAUCGAUCCCACGGCCAGUUCCGUCAGGCAAUGGAGCUGACAUCGGAGGACUGCCAGUGGCGGAGCAAGGCAGGCGAUGCUUCAUGGUCGGUCAUCGAACAAAACAUGUCCCUGUCCCUUUUGGAAGGUGGUCAGCAAGUGACGAGCUUUGAGUACGUCAACUCAAAGCAUAUCAACCUUCGCAUGAAGACCUCCCACGGCGUGAAAGAUGUUCUUGUCCUCAACACGGUGUGCAAGAGUGGUGCCAUCAAUUUGCGGGUUUCUCCGCAGAAGGCCUUCGAGGAGCAGUUCUUGACAGGGCAAAUCCAGGCAGGCAAUUCCAAACAUCAGGAGAGGUUUCCCGUGGAGCAGAGCUGGACGUCUCUCGGCGGAAGCUUGGACGCAGCAUCUUUCUUGAAGAAGAACCAGGAGGCAAAGCACCUGCUCGUGACCUCUUGCACCGAAGAAGCAAAGACCCAAGCUGAGAAGACCUGCAUCAAACACCUUGGGGCAGAAUCGCAGGACUCUGCUCUCUUUGACGAUUGUGUCUUCGAUGUCUGCCGCGGCGGGGAGUCUUUUGCGAUUGCAGCUGCCGAGCUGCGCUCGGCCGCGUGA